AUGGCUCGUCCACUUCAAGUUCCCUACGAACCGGAGUAUGAGACGCUCUCAUCUCCCAGUACCACUACUCCAGUGGCACCACAAGCCCGCGGCGGAACCCCCAUUUCGUUCAAAACAAAUGUUAAUCGCGCAAAGACCAAGCGUUGGGUCGAGGCGAAGAAGUAUUCAUACGAUGGGAAUGACUGGGGUGACGAUGACUACGAGGAAUACGACGAUGAGCCGCUACCGAUGCCCCAGCCAGCAAGCUUCAGCCAGAGCACCAACGAUCUAUCCAGAGUAGCUCCUCGGGAUCCGUUAAGACCCCCGCUACCCAGCAUGGAUCGAUCACGCUCAAUGGAUCAGGUGGCAACGCUCGGUGUAGGACCUGCUGGAAGUCGCAGUCGGUCGGCGGACCGCAAUGCUGUCGAGGGCCCUGCGGGCAGUGCUCCCUCGAACAAGCCUCUGCCUUUCGUGCGACCUGCCGACAUCUACAAACGCAUGCAAGAGAGACGCCAACAGUCGCCAGAUACCCCUCGGUUGCCCUCCGGUCCGGGCCGUUCCCCCACUGAACCUAUGUCUACAUCUCAGCCGCCUGCAACCGCGGAUCAGGAACUUCAUCUAGGUCCGGGAUCUAAUGUCGGUCACGGCAAGGUUGACGACCCAAGUGCCACUCCAAGAACCGCGCCUGGUGCCGCAAGCCUUGAGCUCCCCGAUGUCAGGGGAAUUUCUGGCUUCGAUGCUGACUUUUUGGCUUCGGAUUCAAGCGUGCAGAAAGAGCAGAGCUCUGAUUCUCAACAAACCCAUCAGCUGCAGCACAACCCGUCGCUCGGGUUCCGUUCAGUUGUGCACCAAGCAUUCGACGUUCCCGACACUCCAAGCACAACUGUUGACAGCGUUGCACGAUCCAAUAGUGACAGCACGUCGGUCAUUAGUCCCAUCAUAAGUACUCACGGUCCGAACGAAGAAAAGACGCCAACAAUCGUGGAGGAGCCUGGUGAAAUCUCCACACCGAAAGAUACCAACGAUCAGGCUAUGGUAUUUAAGCCUGGUCAUCGGCGAGAUCUUAGCCUUCCCAGCCCGGGUAACAGCCCUUCGAGGAAACCGAUCAUCAAUAACAGCGCCGAGGCAACUCCUCCCUCCGUGCUGGCAGAGAUGUCAUCGGAGACGCCUGCAGACUCCCCGCGAGACAGUUCCUCUUCGUUUCAACAGCCGCUGCCACAUAGAGCCUCUGUGCUCCUGCCUCAAACUGGUUCCGACAGGGAUCUACCAGCGCCCCUCAACUUUGGCGCCAACCCAGCUGCCGACUCCCCCAUCAAAAGCCAUGAAGAAAUUCCAGUGAUUAUCCCUUCAAAUAGUGCAGAAACUUCCCCGCAGGACACCGAGAGCGAUCGGUUGAGAAAGGAGAUAAUUCGCUCCUUGAGCCGGGAAACCACGCCCUCAGCGGAAACAGAGCAGCAAACUCCUAACAGGCCGCAGACUGCUCGACAAGACACAGAGACCAGUCGGCCAGACAGCCUAAUACCCAGUGAAUACGAAAAAUAUUGGAGCGAGCAAGUCGAAUCAAGCCCUCAGGAUCUAAGACCGCCAGCCCCUGUCUACGGUGCUUCUCAGAAUUCCUCGCAGCAGGAUCUGUACACCAGUUCGCCUAUGAGUGCUCCGGUGCCCACUGCUCCUGCUCAGCCCACUUCAGAACCUAAGUUGAAACGACGGUUCUCGUGGGAAUCAUCAUCAGAGGAGGAGGAGGUACCUCCAGCGGACUUGCAGGCGGCUUCACCGUCGGCUAUCCCGAUUCCAGGACAAUUCCCUGUGGCCAACGAUGCGACUGAGCUAGCGCCAGAGGCUGUCCCCAACGAGUCGGAGAUGGCAACGGACAGAGGUCACGAAGCUGACGUCCAACAGACGCCUGAGAAGCCUAAACUCACCCUAGUCACUCCUACUGCCAUGGAAAAUAGCAGCGACUCAAAUGAAAGCUACCUGCCUGAAGUCAUCAAUCGUCAAAGUUUAGAGGAGAGAUCCCCAUUGCCUGAGCCCAAGAUGCCUCCCAUGGUUGAGCCGACAUUGUUGGGCUUCCGGGACAUUAUGGGGAUACAAUCCUCCGAGGAGCGAGUGCGAGCUUUCGACCGUACACGGGACCAGUUCUCGACAAUCGAUACUGGGUUGAAGAAUUGGUUACAGGUGGUGAUCCGUGCCCAUCCGGAGCACAUGGAUGUUGUGGAGCAAAGCAUGAAGGCUCCCUCUGUCGAGCCUAAAGCCGUCGCACCCAAAGGGAAAUUCCCGAAGCUGUCGUCUCUUGGACACUUCACCUCAUCGAACCAAGAUGGUCCUCCGUCUGGACCGGGCCACGCACGACGCCCAUCUGCGCCGCUUGGUUCGAUCAUGAAUAAACAACAGGUUGAGCAGCGCGGAAAGGACCUGUUACAUACGGCGGGAGCCCUGGGCGGCCGAGCAGGCGAGGCCGCCAAGGGUCUCUUCGCCAAGGGCAGAAAUAAGCUGAAAAGAGGAGAGGCAGAAAAGGGAUUCCACCGGGUGCGCGGUUAUCGCAGAGAAAUCCAGCUUUCAGACUUUCAAUCUGCCAUAGACCAGUCUGAGGCUGAGAGCACGGCUCUCAAGCGGAAUACUGUGCAGUUUGCAAGUUUGCCCAUCAUCAGACGGACAGGAGGCUUGACCGAGUCGACGCAACUACCCUGGGAUGUAGAGCCACAACAUGCAGCGGCAAGUGAAAGUAGACGACGAAGUGCUGAUGAAAUCAAUAUAGCAUUUUUACAUCGCCAACUGAAUACACAGGGACGUAUACUUAGAAAGCCAUUGCCCAGUGAGAUGAUACGACGCUCGCAUUCCAAGGCGCUGUCGAGCUCUCCUGCGUCAAAAGCUCAACUACCAAGCAUUUUGAGAAGAAAAACAGUGGCGGCGAUGACAAAGAUCUAUCGAAAGCCUCUAGAAAGCGACGAUAAGCGCCGAUUCCCUGUCGAUGCAACCGUAGCGACUCUAGCGACAGGCUAUUGCGUGGACUCGAACUGUGGGCAAGAGGCUGGCCUUACACAAGCAAACGCCAAGCCACAGGAACGAGGUGAAUUGUUGACGGGCCCAUACCAGAAUGCUGCAUUUUAUUCCGGCCUGAGCGACAAGAUCACCAGUAAAAAUGCAAUUGACGAUGGAAAGAUGAGUCCUGGUGGUGCAGAAGACGCAGAAGCACCGCCACCUCCGGGCGCUCAUCUUCUGGACCGUGUCUGGCGGGGCUUAGAGCAAUCCCCUGUCGACCUCGCAACUAGUACAAGGCUCCCUGUUCCACCUCCUCUCCGUCGCAUAAGCGUUCCCUCCAUCUCCUCGCUGGGCACACUGGAGGCGUAUUCGGCCCUGCAGCCAUCAUCCAGGCUGGGACUGGCACGGCCGUCCCAUUCUGCAAGUGCAAGAGCAGAGAUUAGUCUUAAUCUUAUUGGCGUCGGUCAACCCGGAAAUCUUAAUCCCAGCGACAUGCUGAGUCCCGCGAAUCAGACGCCUGUUCCUAGUGUUGCUGGCACGGCUACCACUCAGAGUCCUGGCCUCAGCCGUUGGCAUGCUCGGAAGAGCCGUGUUGAGGCUGAAAUUUUCACUCAUUCCAGGGGUGUCAGCGGUUCGUCUGCGAACCCUGCUUUUACUUAUGAAUCCGGCUCUGUCGCUGGCUCAAGCAGCCCGCGGACAGAUUCAAAUGCACAGGUCUCGCAGGAUGACCUCUUUGACGCUGACCUGGCUGCAAGAGGAUCGCCUCCACGGAAGCUAGCUUCUCCCAAGAGCAAGCCGCCCAUGGAGAAGUUUAGAUUAUUCAGACGGAAUCGGAGUCCCUCGUUUUCUGAUGAGCCUUCGCCCAAAACUGACCGGUCGCGUCGCAGAGCCUUUGAUAGGCUGGGUGCUUGGUUUGGUCGUUCUCAACAGCAACAGCAACAGCAAAAUAACAGUCAGGCGCAUGGACGUGCUCCCGAGUCGUCUGUUGCGCAGACAAUGGAAUGGCUUCGACCGGUGUCGUCGCAUCCAGCACCAGGCCAUACACGCUUCUAUUCAGACGACCGGACAGGUCGUAGUAGGCGCCGAUCAAACGUGGAGAGUCAGACAUCGUUCGAGGGACAGGAUCCACCGCCGGAGGGAUACUUUGCGCCCGAGUCAUUCUCUCGCUUCCGGCGCUCGCCCCGGGCCUCCAAGAGCAGCCAGCAGUUAGCAGCGGCAGCACCAGCAUCUCUAUCCCACCAACCUGACAGCCGGCUCGCUCCACCAGACAGACUGCCGUCACCCGCAGGCUCCUUUUCAUACAGCGGCAGGGUCUCCCCACAAUCACCACCACCACCUGCUCCUCCACCGCACCUCCAACUCCACCACCACCAACAACAACAACAACAUAUGACCCUACCACCAAGCCCCCAUCAUCCCCAACUCUCUCCGCAGCUCUCUCCGCAAUUCUCUCCACCGCCGCACCUCACCUCCCCCAUCCCCCAAGCUAUCCCCCGCACCCCGCCCUCCCGCGGCCGCAGCGUCGACCGCGCCUACACCCAAGACCUCCACAUCCGCUCCCGCAGCCCCAAGACCUUCCCCCCACGCCCGGAAGAACGCAGCUACCCAAGCACCGACACCACCGACCCAGCCAACAACCUAGGGACCUUCCGCAGCAACCCACGCACCAGCCGCAUCGGCGACCAAGAACUUCCCUGGAAACUCACGCUGCCGAGCGACUCGGACGAGGAGCGCGCCACCGCCACCGCGCGCGAGGGGGAGGGAAGUUGGCUGGAGAGUACCACGCAGCGGCUCCUGCAGUCAUCGCGACUGCCGACCUACGAGGAGGACUCGGAGGUACAGGGGCAGCCGCAGCAGCCUGUUGGGGAUGAGAAGACAGCGGAGGGGCAAAACGGGGACCGAGGUCGCCAGCAAGGGGAAGGACAAGGGCAGAGCCACCACCAUCCGCACCGCGGCGAGGCGAGGGCGAUCAAUCCCGAGGAUGCACCGGUGGAAUUGCCGGUGCAGUGGGAUGACGACUCGGGAGAGGAGAUCACCAUGUCGAGUACGGCGUAUCCGGGACAGGAAUGGAAGCCGUUGGGGUUCUCGGGGUGGGAAUACUAA